AUGGCGAGGGGACCGUAUCAUAUCAGCGAUGACGAGCAUGGCCCAUACGUCGUUGUUUUCGCAGCCCUUCUUAUGACUUAUACGAUUCUGUGCUUUAUCGCGAGGCUCGUAAUGCGCUUCACCAUAAAUGGGCCUCUAGGGGCGGAUGACUGGACCGUUGCUGCUGGAUCGAUCAUUGCUGUCAUCCAAUCUGCGCUGAAAAUAUCGGAAGCGAGGCAUGGACUUGGGAAGCGAACGGAUACUGUAGGCCUAGAUGAUAUAGAGGCCAUAGGAAAGCUGAGCUUUGCAGGGGACAUAUUAUAUAUCGCCGGAAUGGCUUUGUCUCGAGCGGCGUCCUUUUUGCUUAUUGCACGACUCACCCGUCAGACACACCAUGCACGAGCUGCGUAUGUCGGGGUGUUAAUAACAGGAGUACUGGGCUUUGUAUCAAUGUUUGUUCUCGGUCUGCGAUGCAAUUUCGCACCAUGGAGGAUUGUCCCGAAAUGCUCUGAAACGACUACUCGCUGGUAUAUCAUCGAGGGUUUGGGAACUUUCGUGGAGCUUAUUGCAGCUUGGAUCCCUAUAUAUCUGGUGUGGAGUUUGAGAAUGAGACUGAAGGCGAAAUUUGUCGUCCUUUUCGCAUUCUCGUUCCGUCUCCCCGUUUUCGUCAUCAUUGCCUUCAGAAUAUAUUAUCUGUGGCGGGAAUCCGUGCGUAACGAUCCUCUGUUCUAUGGGGCCGACUCCUCGGUCUUCUUAGAAGCUGCGCUGCACUAUGGACUGAUGGCAGCAACGAUUCCCUGCUUAAAACCAUUCGUCAAAGCCUUCAACACCGGUUGGUUCGACACAAGAGGAGUGGAUACCUCGCUUCAUAGUGACGGAUAUGCUCUCUCGAACCUAAACAGAACGAAGUACUCCGCAAAUGCGGAAAUAGUAAGUGGCAGUGACGAAAUCGACAAUUUGGAGAGUAUACCACGAGGGCGUCUACGUCAACGGGGAUCAGACACCCCAUCGUCGGCGGGAUCGGAUAUAAUGAUUAUUCGUCGUACAAAGGCAUGGAAUGUUUCGUACGAGAAUGACGAUGCUGCUGUGUUAAAAUAA